AUGGUGAGUGGAAGUUCAAACAAAGUAGGUGAUGUUCAUGAAACCAGUAUUACGAUUGAGGGUGAUCAUGAUCAUUCAACAACGGAGGAGAUACAUAAAGUUUGUUUACCACCAAAUAAAACGACAUUCCAAUCUAUCAAACAUUACUUUUCUGAGAUAUUUUUCCCUGAUGAUCCUCUUCAUAAGUUUAAGAAUCAAAAACCUUCUAAGAAAUUUUUUCUAGGGCUUCAAUAUUUCUUUCCAAUACUUGAAUGGGGGUCUGAGUAUAGCUUCAAACUACUUAAAUCUGAUGUUAUUUCUGGUCUUACCAUUGCUAGUUUGGCUAUUCCUCAGGGAAUUAGUUAUGCAAAGUUGGCUAAUUUGCCUCCUAUUCAUGGACUGUAUUCAAGUUUUGUACCACCAUUGCUGUAUGCAAUUCUUGGAAGUUCAAGACAUUUAGCAGUUGGUCCAGUAUCAAUAGCAUCACUAGUAAUGGGUUCUAUGCUUAAAGAAGUAGUCUCACCAACUGAAGACCCAACUCUGUAUCUGAAAUUGGCUCUCACUUCAACCUUCUUUGCUGGUGUAUUUCAAACAUCUUUGGGUCUACUUAGGUUGGGAUUCAUAAUCGAUUUCCUUUCGAAGCCGACUUUAACUGGGUUCACAGCUGGGGCAGCUGUUAUUGUAGGUCUACAGCAGCUUAAAGGAAUGCUUGGGAUUACUCACUUUACUCCUAAGAUGCAAAUUGUCAAUGUGUUGUCUUCUGUUUUUAGCACCACAAAAGAGUGGUCAUGGCAAACUGUUGUGAUGGGGAUGUGUUUCUUGAUCUUUCUACUGGCAACAAGGCAUAUUAGCAUCAAAAAGCCACAGCUCUUUUGGAUUUCAGCAGCCGCUCCAUUAGCAUCCGUAAUUCUGUCAACAGCUUUAGUCUAUGCCUUCAGAGCUCACACUUCUGCCAUUUCAAUCAUUGGACACUUGUCGAAGGGUUUGAAUCCGCCAUCCUCGAACAUGCUAUCUUUCAGUGGAACUCAUCUUCCCCUUGCUGUAAAAACGGGCAUUGUAUCCGGGAUUUUGUCUCUCACUGAAGGUAUCGCAGUUGGAAGGACUUUUGCUUCGCUAAGAAAUUAUCAAAUUGAUGGGAAUAAAGAAAUGAUAGCAAUCGGUGUUAUGAAUAUGGCUGGUUCUGGUACUUCAUGCUAUGUAACAACAGGAUCAUUUUCUAGAUCAGCAGUAAACUUUAAUGCUGGAGCACAGACAGCAGUAUCGAACAUAGUUAUGGCAGCAACCGUCAUGAUCACACUGCUAUUCCUGCUGCCGUUGUUUUACUUUACUCCCAAUGUCAUCUUAGCGGCGAUUAUUAUAACUGCUGUUAUUGGGCUGAUCAAUUAUCAAGAAGUCAUUAAGUUCUGGAGGGUUGAUAAGUUCGACUUCAUGACAUGUUUAAUUGCAUUCUUUGGUGUUCUUUUCUUCUCUGUUCAAAUGGGCCUCGCAAUUGCUGUCGGGGUUUCAAUAUUCAAGAUUCUGAUGAAUGUGACAAGACCAAAUACAAUGGUGUUAGGGAAUAUUCCUGGGACACAAGUAUUCCAAAAUGUUGGCCGUUAUGGAGACGCUACAAGGGUUCCAUCAUUCUUCAUACUUGCGAUUGAAUCUCCCAUCUGCUUUGCAAAUUCUGCAUAUCUUCAAGAGAGGAUAUUAAGAUGGGUUAGAGAGGAGGAAGAAAGGAUUUUAGAAAACAAAGAGCAAGACAUGAAAACCAUAAUCUUGGACCUGACAGGUAUAGAACUUAUCCGCAUAACUAUGUUCAUGUUCAUCUUCUUAUCGAUUAUCUGA